AUGGUUCAAAACUGCCUGCAUCAUCCAAUCCACGUGAGACGAGAUCCCAGCAUCCCCACCUAUGGACUCCGGCCGUCUAUCUUGCUGAACACCAGGCUUCAGGACUGCUAUGUGGACUCGCCAGCCCUCACCAACAUCUGGACAACUAGAACAUCUGCAAAGCAGAACACUGAUGCCCCUGCACCGGGUACCACCUCUUCUUGGGAAGUUGUAAAGAAUCCAUUAGUUGCCAGCUCAUUCUCCCUGGUUAAACUGGUGCUCAGGCGACAACUGAAGGAGGAAUGCUGCCCAGUACCACGCAAGUUUGGAGACGCAAAACCCUCGAAGAGAUUAAAGCCCAAGGAUAGUUCAGUAAUGAAAGCCGCCCAGCGGGGCAGGAUAAUAGAGUCCAUCAGUUCCAAGAGCAAGUGGCCACUGGGGCAGGGGGUGGGCUCACCGAGGUGCAGGAGGCCUGCAGGAGGCGUUAACAAGAGUAAAGAAAGUUCAAAGGAGAAAAAAGGAACCGUCUGCCAAGAUCUUGAGAGCAGAUAUGCUGAACAUGUGGCUGCCACCCAGGCGCUACCCCGGGACAUUGGGACCGUGUCCUGGAAGGGCCGAGCCUUGCUUCCUGAAACCAGGAAGAGACAGCAGCUGUCGGAGGACAUGUUAACCAUCCAUGGCCUCCCCACAGAGGGUUACCGGGCUCUGUAUCACGCGGUGGUGGAGCCGAUGCUGUGGAACCCCUCUGGGACCCCCAAGAGGUACAGCCUGGAGCUGGGCAAGGCCAUCAAACAAAAGCUCUGGGAGGCUCUGUGCAGCCAGGCUGCCACCCCCGAAGGGGUUCAGAAGGACUCACUGCUGGGCAGGAAGCAGCUGGUCCACGAGGAACCAGUGCCCAAGAAAUGGCCCAAGUUAAAGAGCUAGAAAUAGGGACAGGAGCUCAUGGGAUUAGGCUGUUCCCUGCUAGAUGUCUGAGAAAUAAAUACCGCUUUGCACCUUCCACAUAAUCUCAGAGUGCUUUACAAAUUAGUGACUAUCCUCCCCAGGAAAACAAGACAAAUGGGUCCAAGAUUCAUUUCAGACUGAGGGCCCCUCCCCACUUUCAUGGUUAGGUCGUUUCCAGGGCUGGAUGCUUAAGCUUUUUCCCUACAAGCCCCACUUCCUAUGGAGGGGCUCGAGGGCCUCAGUCUUACAGAUGAAGUCAAUGGUUUACAUCCAGCCUUUGGUCCCUAUUUUUAAAAAGUGGACUGCUGGGCUCGACCACCAUUUCCUUUAUAGGGCUGAGCAGAAAAACCACCACCACCACAGGGACAUCAUCUCAAACGCGCUCUCAGAUGCCAGCCCGUGACAC